AUGAAGGACGGUCAUCUUGGACGCUAUCUCUGGGCCGACGCAUUCGGUGUCCUCAACUUCAUCACACUGUUCAAGGAGACGAAGCAAACGCAUUUCUUGGUCUUAGCCGCGAUACUCGUGGAAACAGUACACGACAUCCUCGGUCGCACGCGCGACCUAUCUGCUCGGCUGCCAGGAGCUUCGGACCAGGCCCCGCUAGCCGGUGGCCUACGCAUAGGCAAGAACGAAGCCUCUGGGGCUGAUGGGGAUGGACAAUAUCAUGACUAUCUCACUCUAUGGAUGUUUACGCUCAAUCGAUUAUCCAUUGCGACGGGCGAAACAACCUACAAUGACCAAGCUGUGUCACUAGCAAAGGCGAUACAUCCUGCCAUCAUAGGANAGAUGCCGAUAGACUUGUCUCAUCCCCGAGGCCGUGGCGAAGGUCAUCUCGGUCCUAUGUUUGGCCUCGUCGUUUACCGUAUUCUUCAACAAGCCUGCGGUGACCCGAGAGUAUUGCAGGAUGAGAUCAGCGACUACCAGAAAAUCAUUGAUCAAAAAUGGAAAGCAUACACUUGUUCAGAUACUCUGGAUCUAGGCAUGACACUUUGGGCCGCCCACUGGUAUUCGGAUCAAUACGACUGGGCCAAAGGACUUGCAGAUGCGGCUGUGCGUGAUAUGCGAAUAUUGUUCCAAGAAACGCAUUAUCUAGAUGUUCCGCCAUCACAACGUCUGGCUUUUAGAGAAUUUGGUAUCUGUCUGGGCAUUGGCGUACACCCAACCCAUGAUCUAGAAGCUGUCCGCAAUCAGAUCAUGGUAGCCUGGAAGGAAGCAGGCCGAGUACCUAUCCCAAUCAGAAACACGGCAUUGGAAUGUCUCGAACCGACUGAUCUUGUCAUGUAUGCUGCAGCAUCAUGUCCUGGAGCUNUUCAAAAACAUUAUCUGAAUUGA